AUGGGCAUGGCGUCCUUGCUGGACGGCGGCGGCGGCGGCAGCGAUUACCACCACCACCACCGGGCCCCUGAGCACAGCCUGGCCGGCCCCCUGCACCCCACCAUGACCAUGGCCUGCGAGACUCCCCCAGGUAUGAGCAUGCCCACCACCUACACCACCUUAACCCCUCUGCAGCCGCUGCCGCCCAUCUCCACAGUCUCGGACAAGUUCCCCCACCAUCACCACCACCACCAUCACCACCACCACCCUCAUCACCACCAGCGCCUGGCAGGCAACGUGAGCGGUAGCUUCACGCUCAUGCGGGACGAGCGCGGGCUGGCCUCUAUGAAUAACCUCUAUACCCCCUACCACAAGGACGUGGCCGGCAUGGGCCAGAGCCUCUCGCCCCUCUCUGGCUCCGGGCUGGGCGGCAUUCACAACUCCCAGCAAGGGCUCCCCCACUAUGCCCACCCGGGCGCUGCUAUGCCCACCGACAAGAUGCUAACCCCCAACGGCUUUGAAGCCCACCACCCGGCCAUGCUCGGGCGUCACGGGGAACAGCACCUCACGCCCACCUCGGCCGGCAUGGUUCCCAUCAACGGCCUUCCUCCACACCACCCCCACGCCCACCUGAACACGCAGGGCCACGGGCAACUCCUGGGUACGGCCCGGGAGCCCAACCCUUCGGUAACCGGUGCGCAGGUCAGCAAUGGAAGUAAUUCAGGGCAGAUGGAAGAGAUCAAUACCAAAGAGGUGGCGCAGCGUAUCACCACCGAGCUUAAGCGCUACAGCAUCCCACAGGCCAUCUUCGCGCAGAGGGUGCUCUGCCGCUCCCAAGGGACCCUCUCGGACCUGCUGCGCAACCCCAAACCCUGGAGCAAACUCAAGUCCGGCCGGGAGACCUUCCGGAGGAUGUGGAAGUGGCUGCAGGAGCCGGAGUUCCAGCGCAUGUCUGCGCUCCGCCUAGCAGCAUGCAAAAGGAAAGAGCAAGAACACGGGAAGGACAGAGGCAACACACCCAAAAAGCCCAGGCUGGUCUUCACAGAUGUCCAGCGUCGAACUCUCCACGCAAUAUUCAAGGAAAAUAAGCGUCCAUCCAAAGAAUUGCAAAUCACCAUUUCCCAGCAGCUGGGCUUGGAGCUGAGCACCGUCAGCAACUUCUUCAUGAACGCGAGGAGGAGGAGUCUGGACAAGUGGCAGGACGAGGGCAGCUCCAAUUCCGGCAACUCAUCGUCUUCAUCAAGCACUUGUACCAAAGCAUGAAGAAAUAACCACGAACUGAAACCUCGGUGGAAAAGCUUUAAAUUAAAAAAAAAAUUUUAAAGACCAGGACCUCAAGAUAGCAGGUUUAUACUUAGAAAUAUUUGAAGAAAACAAAGUGUUAUUUAUAGUCCAAAGAAACCAAAGACUUAGCUCACCUGCAUUCUGACUUUGUUUGGAGACACACACUUCAGCCGGGCGACGACUUGGCAAGAAAAAUUAUGAGCGGGAAAGCACCACUGGAUCGUACACCUUCAGUCCAUGAUCAUCCUCGCUGUGCUCGGCUGUUUCGUGGUUUGGAGCAUAGUAAUUUUGAGCCAUUGGGUGGACAUCUUUAAGAUCGACUUUCUCAUCCGUUCCACCACGCCACGAAGGUGUAUGGUGUCUCAGUACUGUGUGUGGGUGCGUGCGUGCAACACACACACACACACACACACACACACCACCACCACCACCACCACCACCACCAGUGGUUAGGGACUUAGGCAGGGCUGGUCUUCAGGAAGGGUUGUGUUGUAGGAGUACAACCAACAUGGUGCGGGGUUGUCUGAGUUCAAUGGAUUAGCAGUGUGAUUUUGCUCAUCUAGCCUAGUGUUUGAACCUGCCAGGCCCGCAACCUAUGUGCAGAUUCAAAUCCAGCAGAGAAAUUUGAAUGACACCUAAACCAGUGCAUUCUCUUUGUUUGUUAAGGAAUGUUCAGAUAUUUUUUAAGAAAUGAAACAAGAGUCCAUCCAUUAAAAAAGGAAAAUCACCUAGGUACCAAAGAACACACUUAAUAUUAUAGUGCAGGUAUUUUAUUGCAAUGAUUUUAAUAACCAAAGCUAUUUUUACACAAGAUACUAUGUAAAGUUAUACGUAUGAACUGACCUAGCGGUAAUACACAUGCCACAUAGAAUCAUGACUAUUAUUUAUGACUCUUGGAGCAUUUGAAAUAUUAGUUUUCAGAACUGGCAAGAAAGAAUGUAGCUUCAGGGAAGCAAUUAGUAUCGUCACAGAGAGGUCGAUGCAGCAGACGUGUACAUCCAGAUGGCACACCCCUUUUCGGAAUCUACAGAUGUCACUUAAGUAAACAUAGAGACAUAAGUUCAUAAUCUAUCCAUAGCUAAGAAAACCUGAGGGUUCUUCCGAGGCAGGACCCCCUUGUAAACUUAGAAAAUGAAGUUUCACAGGGCAGGUAACUAAAUUACAAAAUUUGUUCGAAGUAAUGCUUUUUAGUAAAAGUCCACUGCAUAAAGGACUCCAUACUUAGGUUAAUUUGACUUAAAUCUGCUUUAUGCCUUUGACACCAAAUACCUGUUUAAAACACUUGACACACACACAGAAUAAGCAGACCAACAUUAUUUUUAAAAUAAACUAUCCAGUAUUUGUCAUCAUCCUGAAAAUGUAAUCAGACUGAUUUUAUUGCCAAUCCCAGACAUUUUGUGACUUGGACACCAAUUAAAAAAAAAUAGCAGGUUCAGUGGAGACAUGGUGGAACUGCAUAGAAAAAGCAAAAGUACCAGUGGAAGACAAGACCUUGGAUUCCAUAGGGAUUAAGCUCUUUACUUCACUGAGCGUAGCCUCCGAAGCAUACUACAUUCUUUCUUGCUGCUGCAGUUAAGCUGGAAGUUUUAUAACACAGAGUCCACUCUCUAACAGGGACAGAUUAAAAACUAGACCUGAACUUUCAAAUACAAAAUUUUAAAAUUCUAUUUUUCCAAAUCACUUAACCAGGGCUAUAGAAAUCAAGGCCAAAAAAAAAAGAUAAUACAGUUGUGCUACUAGUACCCAAGUGAAUCACUGGAUUCCCAGAAAAAUUCUCUCUGAAUUCAAUUGAACUGUAACUCAUGCCUUUUGUACUAUUAGGUAAAGAAUCAGGUACUCUUAGCUGAUCACCACAGCUAAGUAGAAAUAUAAAAUUAAAUGUUAACAGCAAGUUGUUUAUUGAGAUUCAUUAAAAUGCAAACGAUGAAAUGAAACCAUUUUGACACAAAACUUAACUCCUAAGAGUCAAAUAUCAGCAUCUUGUCCAGGUCUAGAAGAGGCAGGCACUUGGAGAGAGGAGGCUAAGCCCCCAAGCCUUCUGUAUCUCCUUCACGUCCACUGUGGAAUGAAAAACAGAAACCAAGACAUACUUCUCCUUUGAUGAAAUAGCGCAAUUUGCCUUGACACAUUUUGUCUUAGUAUUUUUUUUAAUCUCACCCCAAAUUCCAGCUUAAAAUUUUCCCUUCUAAAUAUGGCACAAUUAUAGUUCAGCUAUUAAAAGAGACCAUUUAAAUGGCUACCCUUUGAGAUUUGCUGAAAAUGUAAUCUUGUCAAUGACAUAAAUGAAAAGGAAAAAACUGAUGAACUUUUUCUCUCUCUCCAGGAGUGGAGGGGGCCGGGGUACAGCUGUAUAAUGUAUUUGUAAUUUAGGAGGGAGGAAAGCCUUAUUUAUUUAAAACGUAAGAAUUUUAAAUGCAGGGAAAUUCAAGCUGUGUCUACACACAAUCUUACCCAAUUCAAUACCCUAGGAAAAACAAAAGCUGAAUUUAGACAACCAUGUCUUUUGCUUUGUUUUUCCUAUAUAACCCCCUCAGAUUAAUCCAACUGUGAUUUCCAUUUUCAACCAGUUAUUUUUGGUACUGUGUAGACACACUCUCAAAGGAUAUUAUUACAUUUUUAAUAUUCCCACCAUAAUGGUUUUUUUGGACAAAUAAACAGUGAUCCUAUUUGCUAACACCAAAGAUAAUUUUCAUACCAGCAUUGAAUUUGCACCCAUUAUGCAAUUUCAGGGCCUAGAGAUAUAUUUUCUCAUAAACAGAUGCACAAAUCAGAGCCUGAAAAGCAAUUUUUUUACUUGACUGUUUAAGCAUACUCACAACCUUUGCUUUUUAGAAAUCCUAAUGGACAAACUCAGCUUCUCACAAGCAAUACAGGUGUUGCAUCAUGUAUGACUGAUUCUUUAUUGCUUCUGACUUGGCACAUAGAGAAUGUUUCCACCCUUAUUUAGUCCAGCAUUAAUUUAUGGCUCAGGUUUCUUAACGUACCGCACUCAAUGGAGAAGAUCCCGUGCAUUUGUUCACCCAUCAUUUCUCAAUCCUUUAGCAAAAUUCACCUGAAGAGAUCUCACUCUUUUCUUUGUAUGCUUGUUUAUUCCAAAACUGCACUUCACAAAGCAUGUUUUGGGUUUUUUUCAGUAGAAUGGAAGUUAGACUGCUUUUGGCCAUAAAUCAUUCAGGUCCUCUCACAACCAACCGGAAGCUUCCCUGAAAGGGGGCCAAGACAAAGAGUGGGAGGUGUGACAUCUGGACCCCCCCCCCCAAAAGCCCAGACAUCAGUAAAUGUUCAGGUAAAAGAAUUCUGCAUGUCAGGAACUAAGUAUUCCAGUCCCGGGAUGCAGCUGGAAUAGAUAAUCCCACCUAAACCAAAGAAACUGUGUGGGGAAAUUUAGAAAUUCUAACUGAACAAGUCACUCACUCUGCCCCCCCAAAAGCAUAGUUAAUUAUGCAGGAAAAAAAGUAAAAGCGCUUUUGGACUCAUGUCACUCCCAUUGCUACCCCAGGUGAAUGACCAGUCUUUGCAAGUUAAAUGCAAACUUUGCUAUACCAAAGAGUCCUAGGACAUUUUCACAUGAGCUAUAAAGACAUUUUCCCUAAGAAAGGUCCUCCCUUCUUUGUACAUAAAGGAUGAAAACUAUGCAUUUAGCAAACAAAGAGAAAGCACUUCUCCCUUUUCCUAUCUAGUUGUUUAGGGUGCAUUCAAACACCAGAGGCUGUUUUGAGACGCAAUUGGCCUUCUGGAUUAUUCUUGUGGUGUGGUUAGCUUUACAGUACAUUUGGUAACUAUUUCCUAAAUAGUAAGGACAACGAAGCAGAAGGUAAGAAAUAGCUACUUCCACGUGUAAAAAAAAAAAAAAAAGUGUAAAGAUCUACUAUUUAUAGUGUGAACCAAAGACGCUACCUCACUCGAUUUCCAUUGGUGAUUUUAAUCACAUUGAUGAUACCAAAGAAUACCAAAGAUAUUUUCAUGCACGGCCUUGGUCUGCAGAGGGAACUCCGCCCCUUCCCCCCUCCCACCUCCUCUCCCCUCCUCACUCUUCACUCAGUGUGUAAACUUGUCUUCAUUCUUAAUAAUAACGAUACGAUAAUGAUAACAACAACAUUAGGAAAGACUACUCUUAUUACUGCUAGUUCUACUUGUAAAUCUCUAGGCAAACAUGUUGCAAACUUUGUAAACUCCUAGGACGAGUGCCUUGCUUGAACCAAAGUGUUAAACCGCUGUUGACCUCUCUCACCUUAUACUCUUUGAAUACCUCAGCCUCUUAGAAAGGCCACUAAUGAAAAAAAAAAGGAAUAAUUAUUCACCGUGGUGCUUUUUCCGUGCAACCAUGCAAUGAAACUUUCUUUGAUACCAAAGGAUGACUUUCGUUUCCCAAUUUCUUGCUGAUAAACCAAAGCUCCUCCUCCUCCUUCCCUCUCGAAGUUCCCCCCCACUUCACCGAGACCCUCCACCAGGCAGGCCGUGCGUCACUUUUACCAAUUCCUCCAAAUACCUCAUAGUAAUAAAGUUUUAGGGUUAUGUUGUAUAGAGAGUCUAUGUGAUAAGGCAGAACUUACUAGUUUGAUAAUUGUUAAGGUUACUUUUAAAAAAAAACUUUAUAAUUCUUAUUUAUUUUGUAGUUUGUAUGUUUGGGAUGUCCCCCACCCCCACCCCCACCCCCUACUUCGGUUUGGGGUUUAUUUUCUUGGCAGAACUGCUCUGUUGCUCAAGGAAGACUUAAUUUCUGGAAAUGUUCCCCAGGUGGGUUAAGGGUUGUGUAAAAAAAAAUGCAAGAAUGGAAUAAGAAAUGAUUUUCGUUCUGAUGGUUACUUAUGAAGUUUUUGUGUUUCGUAGUAAAUUUGUUUCCACAGGGUAAAAAAGUAUAUAUAAUCUCUUUUUUGUGAAACUGGUUCCUAUUUUUCUCUGUAAUGUGCUGUGAUUUUUUUAAUUUAAAUUACAUUUUAUAUGAGCUUAUUUAAUCACUGCAUUAAUUUAUGACUGUGUAGUUUUUAAAGUGUAUAUAGUAGAAUGGAAAUGGCCAAAGCUUUAUGUUACAAUCUUUUUUGUUCUCGAUGCUAAGACAAGCUGAAGGCAAGAGCUUCUCUUAACUGCAGGGUGUAUCUUUAGCUUUUCUUAGCAGGCACUUCAAUGUGUGUUGUGAACACUGCCAGGUUCCCCCCUCAAAAAAUCUGUACAUGCCAAAAUGGGUGUUUCAAGAUAGUCCUUUUUGUCAGAGAGAAGGCAUUAUUCGUGUUCUUCCUUUAAUUUAUUAUGUGUUUUCUUUUUUAAAGAAAAGAUUACUUUGCAGGUUAGACCUGAAAUUCCGAAGAAUUUAAGAUUUGUUUAAUGUUUCAAAGCACCGGCAUUUGUGAGAUAAUUUACUCCUUUUUUUUUUUUUAAAUCAUUCGCCCGGGUAUGAGAAGUAAAAAGCGUAAAAACUCAGAGACAAGCUAACUUGAAUUUGGAAAUCCUCUUAAGUUUCACCAAGUUUCUGAACUGCUUCAAGGCAGGGGAUGGGGCACGGAGACAUAGCUCCUUUUGCAGAGCUAAGGAAAGAGUCUCACAGUCUCAUGACUUUACAGAGAAAGUCAAGGUGGAGGGGCAGCUGAGGGGCAGCUGCCCUUCUAGCCCACCCGUGGAAGAAGCAAAACCUGACUGCUGAGCCCCAAUUAGCAAUCAAGUUUAAGAAAAAUAUUUCAAAUCUACAUAUUCCUCCCGUUUUCUCCCUGGAAUCUACCACCCACAAUUACCCCCUGCUUUCCCCAAACCCCUGACCCUGACCCAGACUGCAAGAAUUCUCAAAUGUCAGUGUCCCAGGGAUGAAUAAACUCCAGACCUAUUUGGGUUUGUCUCCUCUCACUCGAUCUUCCCACUAGUUUUCUUGUCCAUGCUAAAGAUGGUCCCUGCCGCAGGCCCCCUACGUGGAGGCUGUUCAGAUUCUCAGCCCUGCUGCAGAUCAGCACACACGCUGGAUUCUCAGCCGACUAGCGGCAUCUUCAGAAGACCCGGUGCCCACUCUUUUGCUUUUUUUGCAAAAAUAACUUGCUUCAAUUCCAUGGCAUAAAUCCAUAGAUGUAAAUACUUUUUCUUCCAAUACAAGAAUCUUACCUGACUUUAUUUUGCAGGGGUGUUUGGGGUGGGGAAAGAAAGGGAGGGCUUAGACUUUGGGUCAAAUGUUACAUUUUCUUAGAAACAUUUUUAUACUCGUUAUGUAUUUUAAUAGGGCAAUAAAUCUGCUCUGAGUUGCAGGAUCAUUCAGUGCUCUGUUGGUAAGCAUUGACUAAUUACUUGUUUUUAAUACAAAUGCUGUGCAGUGAGUUAUAGAAAGCCCAGGAAAAUGGUUGAGGCAGGAGACUUUUACCAUCGGCAAUGAAACGCUGAACAGAGUUGUAUUCACAAGGUCCUAUUUUCUGUCUCUGUGUUUCUUUUUGUGGUAUGUUCUGCAUUUAUUACAUAAUCAUUGUGGGCUCAUUUUAGAUUUGCCAUCUGAACCAAGUGACAAGUAUUUUUUAACAAAAUAAACUGUAAAACAUUGUCUUCCACUUGUUUGGGUAGUUGUGUUCGUAUCUCCCUGUGUUUCUUGUCCCUUCGGAAGUCAGCCCACCUGUCACUCACUUAGACCUGUCCCUCCCCCUCUUCUAUUUUCAGUCCACCUUUGACCUUAGCUAUUGUUUGAGUGUGACUCAGUUUCCCUGUUCAAGUUAGCUUGAUGGUUUAUUAUGUAAGGAGGGUGCCUAAGACAAUCAUCAGGUAAAAAAAAAAAAAUUAAAU